AUGCUUCCCGGUUCGUCAAGUGCAUUAUCACGAACAGAACAAAAAUCUACAGAGAAUAUAAAACGGCGUCUUCAAUCAGUACUUGGUUAUAGUCCAUAUGGUAUUUAUUUUGGUUUUGUACCACUAGUUAUCUAUUUGGGUUUUAAACUUGGACCAGAUCCGGGCACACCUGAUUUCUCAUUGGCGAAUUUGUUACCUAUUGGUUAA